UCAAAAUUUAGUUGGUUUUAUUUGUCGUGUAUUGAUUUGCAAGUGAUAUAUUGUAAAAAUGAGUAUCCAAGCGUUGCAAGUUUUUAUGGAUGGUAACUCGGUACCAGGUGUAUCAGUGCCCGUUGAUUUGUUAAAAGUCGCUAGAAGUAUUCCAAAGUCACGUACUCGGAAUAACAAAGGACAGCCUCAGACACCCUCUAAUGCCAAAUUGCGCCUUGUUCUCGAUGGUGAAUGUUGUCUCGAUAGAUUGUAUGGUGGUUAUUUUUCAGACUGGGCCUGCGGUGGACAAUGGAAUCGAAUGAUACAAUUCCUUACGAUCUUCAUAGAAACCAGCGAAACAGCGGGUUUAGAAUUGGCUGUGUUUUUUAACGGUUCUCUCGAAGCUCCUCGGCGAGUAGAGUGGAUCAACGAUCAGUUAGAUGCUCGACUUAAAGUUAAUAACGUAUUAAAGCACAUAGCGAGCAAAGGAACGCCACCGCCAAAAAUUUGGUGGAUUCCUCCAGCAUCUCUGAAAACUAGCUUGCGAAUGGCCCUUAGAUAUUUAAAUGUAACAGUUUUAAGUAGUAUGGAUGAUCAUCAUCAAGAAGUCAUUGCUUAUUGCCGAGAGAACAAUUAUCAUGGUUUGAUUGCGGAUGACGCCGAAUAUGCUGUAUUCGACCCUGUCAGAUAUUUCUCAUCGGAACAAUUAAAGUUAACGUACAAGGGUUCUCUCGAUACAAAAGAAUAUCUUAUUAAAGAAGUGUUGAAAGGGCUUAAUAUCCCAGCCGAAAGACUAUGUAUUUUUGCUGCAUUACUUGGAAAUUACAUCUUAAGCGAACACGAUUUGGCAGAUUUUUAUAAGAUAAUUAAUCCAAGUAAAAAUAAAAUGAACGUCGAUCAAACCGUACGCUCGGUUGCAAAUUUCGUUAAAGAUUUGCCAUCUAUUGAACUCGAUGCUGUUGCACAGAAAGUAUUUGGCACUAUAACGGAUGCUAGGUACUGGCACUUUAAACAAUCGGUUCAAUAUUAUGUUAAUGGAACAAAAGAUGGAUUUUUACAUUAUAAGCCGAUUAAGCCCAAAGAUUCUAUUCAAAAAGAUCCAUGUCCAUCGCUUGCAUCUGAUUUAGCUUCCACGAAUGACAAUGACACCAACAUGGAGACGUCACGCUUUGCAUCCGAAACAGAAGAGAGCGAACAAGAAAGUUUAAAUGCCUACAAGGAAGCUACUGCAAAUGCUAAAUCUACUCCUCAAAUAAUAAUUGAACCACCAGGCUUACAGGGUCAUGGCGAUGCUGAUAAUAUUCGUUUGGAAGAUGAUCACAACAAUGGACAUACGGUCAAUGGCACGCAUAAUCUUUUAAUAAGUUCCUGUAGUUCAAGUAGUAGCUCGUCCGCAACAUCCCCUUCUCACGUCACAGCUGACUCAUCCAAACAAACCGUAAAUUCAACAACCAUACCGACUUCAGUGCCAGAAGUUAUGCAAACGGCGUCCGAAAGGCAUCAAAAGGGUUUGAUGUCGCCUAAUAUUUAUCAGAUUCUUGUAGCUGGAGAAAUCAAGUUACCAGUACUACUCGAAGACGAAAAUCAUAAAGAAUUUCCAUCGAUUCACAUUAUAUACCGACCAGUUAGGCAAAUGGUCUAUGCUAUUCUUUUCAAUUUACAUCAUCGUUUAUACUUAGCCACUAAAAGUAAAGAGAAGGGUGAUACCGAUAAAAUAGAAGUACCAAAUGUUAUAAUUAAAGAGUGGAUUUGGUCCAAAGCAAAUCCAUAUCAAACACCACAGUUAGUUAAAGCCGAGCAAAUUGGCUGGGGCGUUCCCACAAUUCAACGACUGUGGUUCGGUACUGGAAUUGAUGAUAAAAGGCGUCGCUUAAGAGGAUUUUUAACCUGUUUAAAAUCUGACACACCACUCAUGUUGAAUACCUCUUACGUUCCACAACAUUUAUUGGUUAUGGCUUGUGUGCUACGGUAUAUUAUGACAUUUUCCGACAAAGUGAAAAUUUUACGACGACAAGAAUUGGAUGCCUUUAUUGUUCAAGCAUUUUCACCUGAAUUAAUGAAUGCUGAAUAUUUACAAGACUUACAGGUAUCUCUUGUAACGACUCGUGGAGUACAAUUGUCCAGCCUUUUUAUGGCUGGCGUAGAGACAGCAUUAUUAGCAAACGAUGCAUGCGGAGCACCAAUACCAUGGUUGAUGUGCUGUCCCUGGCUAUAUUUCGAUGGAAAGCUCUUCCAUCACACACUAGCACGCGCCACUGUUGCUAAAAAUCUGCUCGAUCUUUGUGGGGGUUAUUUUGAGCGCGUUGUUAAAGUUGAAAGAAUGCGCAAAGCUAUUCUUGAAGGUGUUAACGUUGUAUUUGCUCGGCCACCAUUACCUAUUACUCAAGGUAUCCGAGUAACCGCUCCUCAGGCGAUAAUCCCCGGUGCCUGUCCCAUGUCCGAGCGCGGCCUCAUGCGUCGACCGAUUCCGUCGCGCGGCGGCCAACUCGAGAUCGCGGGCGUCGUCGUCGGGCAGUGGGGCGCCAACUACGGUCAACCGGGCAGACUGCCCCAGCCGCUCCAAGGACCGCCACGUGGUCGACUGCCGCCACAGGUGACAUCGAUUGGCGGACUGAAAUACGGCAUUUCCCGAAGCUUCCCAAAUCCACUCGCAGGUCGCGGCACAUUUCCAGGUCGAGGAAAUGGAACGCAAAUCGCCGGUCGUGGCAAGAAGACGCAAAUGAAGGUGCCUACUGCUAUUGCAACCAUGAUAAAGAAGGCUACUUUUAGAAAAAUAAAAGAUUACGAAAAGAAAAACGGAACAGGAAGAAGCGCUAGCGACGAUGUUACUAGUGGACUUUCAUAUUACAGGAAUACGUUUGCCAAUCUUAAUUUGACCAAGGAAGCUCUUUAUAAAUCGGGUCAAUACGUCGAUGCGUUGGAAAGUGGUAAGGGCAUUGAGAGUGGCCAGGGUGACGUACCGACGAGCGCCACCCACUUGACCGCGCAAAAUUCGAAACUUUAAAGAGAAAAAUAUAAAAUAUAAAGAAUAUUUAAAUAAUUAAGGAAACGCUUUAAUGCGACUAAACUCAUUAGAAUUUACACUCCCGAACGUGUGAUUCAAGACUGUAACCAAUCUAAUUGUAUAUGGCAAUUGAGUCGUUGAUCAAUUUCUCGAAACUUGAAACUAAUCCCGACACUCGUACAAUUUAUUAUUCGUUACGGAGAAUAUGAAACCAAGCCCGAAAGUUUAAGAGGUCCGGAUCGACGGUUUGUUGCGUAUAAAACUAUGGCGGGGCCAAAAC